GCGGCUAUUAGGUAAUGGCCUGGGACGUUAGCCAAUGAUUCGUACUGUAUCUGUACAAGUUGUACCUAAUGUGGACUUAUAAUACAGGUAUAAGUACUGUACGUAGGUACUUCUCGCACCUAUCGGAUAUUUAAUUUCGCUUUCCGAAGUCCCAUUAUGUAAUUUGGUGACCUCCGACGUCCCGGUUGUAGCCAGGGCCGGGAUGAGUACUUCAGUACUUGUUUAUAUAAACAGCCGAUGCCGUGGUUACAUCCAGAAAAUCGAUGAAAUCACUUGAUACCUAAGAACGAAAAAUCAUCCUGCUUUCCUUUUGGUUCUUUGUUUUUUUGCAAGGCCAGAUUCAGAACCCUCCAAUUCCAUUGAUACUAAGCAAGCUACCAAUCCCGACCAUUCAGUAACUCAUCAUGGCCAUCAUUCAAGACUGGCUACCUGCAAGUCAACAAAACUAUGAGAAGAUAUUGUUCUGGUGGCAGUUUUACCCGCUGUUCGCGUCGGUCCAAUGGGUCAGUUCAUGGUACGGCAUGGGAAAGACGUCGGUUCAAAGUAAACUCAACAUCCCCGGAAGGAUCGCUUGGAUGACGAUGGAAGUUCCCGGCUUCACUUGUCUUCUUUACAUUAUGAGCACCCUUCCGGCCCAGCACGGCAUCACCGACCUGCCCUGGCAAAACAAGGUUCUGGCUGGCUUGUUCGUUAUUCACUAUACCUAUCGCGCCGUCAUCUUCCCCAUUAUACAGCCGUCCAUGUCUCCUAUACAUGUGCUCGUCUGGGCUAACGCCGUCCUUUUCCAACUAUCCAACGCUACCUGCAUAGGCAGCUGGCUGGCAGCCUAUGGGCCAACUACCCAGGAAGAGUGGAAGGCCCAGAAUUGGUCUGUUCUUCAAUUCUCUAUUGGCCUUGUCCUCUUCUACGUUGGGCUUACCGCCAAUUACUUCUCCGACGAGGAAUUGCGGGAGAUACGUCGAGGCCAGCUUCGGCGUCAGGCAAGACUGAAGCAGCAGGGGAAGACGGUCGAGAAGCACUACGAAGUACCCCAGAACGGACUAUUCAAGUACAUGCUUUACCCUCACUACUUCAUGGAAUGGGUCGAGUGGUUCGGAUACUGGGUUGCUGCUGGUGUUGCUUGCACCCCCGCGCGGUCUUUCUUAGUCAAUGAAUUUUCGGCUAUGCUGCCCCGCGCCGUGUCCGGUGGAAAGUGGUAUAAGGAGAAGUUUGGGGAGGAUAAAAUUAAGGGGAAGUAUGUUAUUAUUCCUGGUAUCUAUUGAAAGUAGCUGGGACUCUGACUUAGAGCAUCUGUUGGUAUUACCUACCAUGUAGGUCCCGAGCCAAGCAGAAAAAGGUUUGCGCACUAUGUCAAUUAUAACGAUAUUAUCGCCCUAUUGCCUUAUUAGUUUCUUCAUAUCAAAUAGUACGUAAGUUCGUAACCUACAUAUAAAGGAUGAAUAUAUAAUUUCAGUCA